UGUGCACACCGACCUGCAGCUGCUGCGGAGCGGACACAUCUUCUUCUUCUUCUCUCCUCCUGUGCGAACCGGAGCCAAGCUGGAGCCGGCGGUGCACUGUCCGCCACCGGAGCCGCCGCCGCAGCACCUCCCGUGGAGCGGCACCGAGAGGCAGCCUCCGCCCUGGACCGAUGAACUGGCAGAGAUGUCCCGGCACAUCUACACCCGACACGGGAUAGGAGACGGGCUGCAGAAGCCCGUGUUUCAGGCCAACAGAGGGACCUACUCCAGACGCAGCCGGCUGAAGAGAUCAGACGGCAGCACCACGUCCACCAGCUUCAUCCUCAGACAGGGCUCAGCUGAUUCCUACACAAGCCGACCGUCUGACUCGGAUGUUUCCCUGGAGGAGGAGAAGGAGGGCGGCCGGCAGGAGAGGGAGCAGCAGGCCACCGUCCAGCUCGAGAGGGCAAAGACUAAAGCCGUGGCCUUCGCUGUGAGGACCAACGUCAGUUACUGCGGCGCCCUGGAUGAGGACGUUCCUGUGGCCAGCACCGCCGUCUCCUUUGAUGCCAAGGACUUCCUCCACAUCAAAGAGAAGUACAACAACGACUGGUGGAUCGGCCGCCUGGUGAAAGAAGGCUGUGACAUCGGCUUCAUCCCCAGCCCUCUGAAACUGGAGAACAUCCGCCUGCAGCAGGAGCAGAAGAGAGGACGCUUCCAUGGCAGUAAGUCCAGCGGGAACUCCUCGUCCAGUCUGGGAGAAAUGGUGUCAGGAACAUUCAAGCCAAACCCAAACUCUGCAGGGAAGCAGAAACAGAAAGUGGCUGAGCACAUCCCUCCGUAUGACGUGGUUCCCUCCAUGAGGCCGGUUGUCCUGGUGGGACCGUCCCUGAAAGGUUAUGAGGUGACAGAUAUGAUGCAGAAGGCGCUGUUUGACUUCCUGAAGCACAGGUUUGACGGGAGGAUAUCCAUCACACGGGUAACAGCUGACAUAUCGUUGGCCAAGAGGUCAGUACUAAACAACCCCAGUAAGAGGGCCAUCAUUGAGAGAUCCAACACCCGCUCCAGCCUGGCGGAGGUGCAGAGUGAGAUAGAGAGGAUCUUUGAGUUGGCCAGGUCUCUGCAGCUGGUCGUGUUGGACGCAGACACCAUUAACCAUCCAGCACAGCUCAUCAAGACCUCGUUAGCACCCAUUAUCGUCCACGUUAAAGUGUCCUCACCCAAGGUCCUCCAGCGGCUCAUCAAAUCCAGAGGAAAGUCUCAAAGCAAACACUUGAACGUGCAGCUUGUUGCAGCAGAGAAACUGUCUCAGUGUCCCUCUGAGAUGUUUGAUAUCAUCCUGGAUGAGAACCAGCUGGAGGACGCCUGUGAACACCUGGCGGAGUACCUGGAGGCAUACUGGCGUGCUACACACACUUCACUUAGCACGCCACUCAACCCCCUGCUGGGACGCAAUCUGGGCUCCACCGCUCUGUCCCCGUACCCCGCCGCCAUCCAGGCCCAGAGGAACCGAAACAGCAACCACACAACAACAGACCUUUCACCUGUUGAACGCCGCAGCCUGAUGCCCGCUGAUGAGAACUACCACAACGAACGGGCGCGGAAAAAUCGCAACCGCCUGUCCUCGGGCUCCCAGCACAGCCGGGACCACUCGCCUCUGGUGGAGGAGGACUUCCAGGACCCCUACCAGGAUUCUUACAAGCCUCACCGUAACAGAGGAUCUCCAGGAGGCUACAGCCAGGACUCCAGGCACCGGCACUGAGCUGCGGCCUGCUGGGAACAAAGUGUAGGCUCGUCUUUCUCCAACCAACCACUACGGACAUGAAAAGAGUUGAAGCUACUACACUCAUUUGGACUGUAACAACCUUGUGUCGAUGUGUAGUACCUCAUUUUCCCUUCGGCCUUGGCUCCUGCCAACGAGCAUCUGAACCUAAAAUAUGAAGAAUCCUGCUCUUGCUUUGCUGUGAAGGCGCCGGGUGUGACAGAAGCACAAGAGCAGAGACGUUUGGUUUGAGAGGGACGGCUGAAGCUGGACCUGAUCUGUGGCCUGUGGGUGAAGUACACUAGCAGGUGAUAGUGUGCGACGAAGGCUCCUCUGGACCCUCCCCGCCAUCUCAGCUGUUACUGUAGCACGCAGGCAGGAAGCACAGGUAACCACAGGUAACCACAGGUAACCACAAGUCACCACUGAACCUGCCUCCAGCCAGUGGCACGCAGCACCAGUGGUGAUGAAGAGCACAGAACCUGUUUGCACGUGUCCAGGAGCUGGUAGAAGAAGAAGAAGAGUAUGAUGCAUCUUUAACUCUCCUCAACUUUGUUUGCCACUGUCUGCGAUUUGAGUGUAACAAACCCUGUGGAAGCCUGCUCCCAAAAAACCCAGAGUUCUACACAUUUGUUUUUGACAUGGAUGGUGUGGUGGUGUUUCUCUUCAGGGUCCAGACAGUAGCUCCCUCUGCCCUCUCUGUGUCAUCUGUCAAUGCCACUUGGGUCAUCAACCACAUGGAGGUCAGGCAGAUACUGAGACGUGUCAAAGCUCCACACCUCAGGAAGAAGACAGAUGUAGCGUUUAUCACCCCUCUGAUGGGAAGUGAUUCUGAGCGUCGUGUAGAAAUGUGAAGAAGUUUUAUGAUGUAGUUGUUAUUGAUAUGAGGAAGGAAGACUUCCAGGAGUAGGAGCCAGUAGAUUGCUCAUGCCAGCAUGUUUUUCAUAUUCCAUGCAUUAAUCAGCUGCUGUGGUCCGUCAUGUGUUUGGCAGGACGUCGUUUGGAGUAGAUAGAGUUGGAGUGUAGUGAGUGACUUAUACUGAGAGCUUCCAUGUGUAAAUACAGCUGAAAUAAUGAAGGACAGAAACAUUCAGUUAUUUAAAGUUUCAUUUUCAGUUUGUUAAAUUAUGUUAAAUAGAUUUCUGCAUUCAAAGCCUGCAGACACCUGAUGACCAUCUGACUUCAUGAUUAAUAAACACUGACACAUUUGAACUACUUCUCCAUAUUUCCAACUCCAACUGUGUGAAAGCAUUUGUCACAAUGACUUUAACGUGCUACUUUAUGGAGACGUAAAACACCACCCUGCAGCAUUAAUCAGAUGAGCCAGCUGAUACAGGAUGAAUCUAUCACAUAUCCUUUUAUCUUGUAAUUUAUUAUUUGUUAAAGAUCUCAGAUUCAGUUUUUCUUUCCAGCUCAUAGAUCAGAGAUCUCGUUGUGCUUCAGUGAUUCUGGAGACGGGCGAUGGACGAGGACACGUCUGCUCUUACCUGCCAUAUACAGUAGCUUUUAUUGUUGCUGUUUGAAACUCUGAAGCGACAGUUUAAAAGAUUUGAAUACUGCCUGUGAGAGAAUGAUGCAUUGAUUAGAAAUGUGUGUGCACUGUCAUUUUACAAUUGUAAUGAAAUAAACUGCCCUUAUGCUGUUGU